AUGGCAUACAUGAGAAGCGUCACGUUUGUCCUUCUUAUAAAUCUCUGCAUAAUUCUAUGCGCUUCGCUUCCUCUUUCGUCGAUUCAGAGAGAAGAAAAGGACAAUUUUUACGACAAGGUAUACUUUAACAUUAUUUCUCUUUGUUUCGUAACUUUCUUUAUUCAUUUCAAUCCACUUCUCAUUGACGCGCGGCAAACCAGAAUUGAUCCCUACGCGCAUGCCCGACGUUUGACCGCUGUGUUGUGAUGGCCUCACAUAAACUAGCUAUUUGGUGACACAUUAAUAGUUCUGUACUAUAACUAAGUAGCCUUGACUCUAGGUGUUUCCAGGGGAAGAGAGAGCCUCUCAGGAUUACUUUGAUCACUAUCCUUGGAGUAGAAAUAAGCAAACAGAAAGUUUCCCUUCAAGAGACAGAGCAUACGAAAAUGAAAACACAGCGUCAAAGUUUCAACUCCAACGAAGUCUCACAGACGAAGAAUUAAAGAGAAUUCUUCUUCGAGACAUAGUCAACUGGGUAAGAAAAAUGUUUAUCAGUGAUAUGUAGCAUUGCUUUACCAGUGAUAUGUAGCAUUGCUUUACAGGUGAUAUGUAGCAUUGCUUUACCAGUGAUAUGUAGUAUUGCUUUACCAGUGAUUUGUACUAUUGCCUUACCGAUGAUGUGUAUUAUUGCUUUUUCUGUUGCUCUUCCCAAAUAACACUGAUCUUCUUUUGAACGACAAGUACUUACUGUACAGGUUCAACCCUUCGUAUUGCUUCUAUACAUAACUGUCGACGAGAGUCAAAUGCAACAGUUAUGUUUGUUUCAUAAUCACUCAUGAGAUCAAUACGUCGUCCGUGUAUCCUUUCACCUGUUACUGUUAUAUAUCUUCUCAGCAUUUUGACAGCCGAGAGGACAAUGAAAAUCGCUAGUCGAGGGAAUUUUUAGUGUGCUUAAAAUCCAUGUUGAAUUUAAUCUUUGGAGUUUUCAAACGAUUCUGAACAAGCCAUUGGUGUUUCGACAACACUGGGCACCACUACAUGACAAUGCGAAUAAAAUCUACCAUAUUUAUGCAUUGACGAGGAGAAAUUAUUUUUUUCAGAAAAAUGGGAACAAUUUCGAGAAACGAGAGCCGCAGCGGAAAUGCCGAAUCCACCCUGGAUAUAUAGGUUGUUCAAGACAGCAGACACAGAAUGAAGACGAAGCCAGAAACAAAGACAUGGUACGUUGCUGCCGAUUUUUUUGUCAUGUAGGCCUUUUCCAAAACCUUUUUGACCAAAGCGGAAAGCAGGACUCGUGUGGUUUGCGCGCGUUCUUUGCACAGCUAAUGGUGACACACAAGAGAGAAAAAUUUUAAUUGAGCGUCGAAAAUAAUCCAGGAUUGUUUUGGUUUUGUUUUACUUCGGAUUGGUCUAAUAAAAAUUAUCAUGCUCUUAACCGAUCAGACGCCAAACGAAACUUGGUCGCCCCGUUUUUUCGCGCUAUUAGUAGCUUGCCCGUUGUUACUUUGUGUACUCAUUGGCUAAUAAUGACACCAACCUUUGUUAUGAUUGGCUCUUGUAACUAAUUAAGUUUUAGCCUACGACAGUCUAUAAAAAAAAAUGCUCUUGUCCAAGAAUUUUUAAGAAUUAAUUAAAUGCAUAACUCUGAGUAAGAGCUUUCGAGAAGAUUAUUUUAAAAAGGUGUGUGGUUCCUGCAUAUGGGAAAGCAUCCCUUCAACCAUUUUCGUGCUCUUCAAACUUCACGCAUGGGCGUUCGAGAGAUACAGAUUGACGCAUAAAUCGGAAGUUUAAAAUAACAACAUUUUUGAUGCGAUAGUUUCCAAGAGGUGUCACCUUUAGAAUCAAGACUUUAAGGAGGAUUUAUUUCCUAAGCUCGAACCAAUGUUGCACAAUAAUUAAUAAAAAUAACGGUAAAUCUGCCUUAGGAACCUUUUAACAGAGACCCUGGAGCGAACCUGAGUGACGAAGAAGACAAGGAUCGGAUCAAACAAUACGAUGCGGAGAUAGAAAGAACCUUCAGGGCACUGGAACGAGAAAUGGAUGGUCGUAAACUGUUGUAAAACACCUGACUAUUUGCACAAUCUUUUCGAAACCUCAAGUUCGAAAAAUUGAUGAUUAAAUAUGGAAUAAACUCAUAAAGUUCUGAGAUUAUGCUAAUUACGCGGGCUGUAACCCAGUAGACCUUAAAUGCUUAAUGUGUUUUAAUGCUCUGCAAGUAAUGUUGGUCUAAAACAUGAACUUAUAUCCAAGGCUUAUACAUGAGCUGUAAAAAAAUACACGAAUUAAUGGAACGGCAGUGAAUUUGACGUUUUGUGAUCGUAGAGUGGAGGAAGUUGAAAACCGAGGAUUCAUUGAUUCAUGUACAUGUAGCUCUUGUAAGGGCACAGUAGUCGCAAUACGCUUAUUUGUUCAUCCGGAAUGUCUUUCUGCUAUCAGUGUUGGUAUAGUAAUCAACAAUGUAUAUAAGAACUGUAGAAAUGCUAUUAAAGUUCUGGCUCAAUUGCAUUUAUUUGGGCAAGAGUGUUAAAUAAAGAUGGAUCUCUCCU